AUGGAGCCAUUUCGGGUGCGCCUCAACUGUAUCGAUCAUUAUCAGGCGACCGCGUCGGAGUUGGAUCCCCCACUGCCUUUUCGUGACGGAGUCUCGGAGAAAGAUUUCAAGCCCAGAGUGCCUGUUAUUCGAAUAUUUGGGGCCACCGAGACUGGUCAGAGAGUCUGUGUACAUGUUCAUGGGGCAUUUCCUUACCUUUAUAUCGAAUACAAUGGGUCCUUGGAGCCAGAAGAAGUGAACUCGGCAAUCAAGACCCUUCAUAUUUCGAUCGACCAUGCCCUUGCAGUUAGCUUUCGCCGAAAUGCAUAUGACAGGAGGACUGCCUUUGUGGCACAUAUCACCUUGGUGAAAGGAGUUCCAUUCUACGGAUACCAUGUAGGAUGGCGGUUCUUUUUCAAAAUUUAUCUCCUGAACCCUUUCCAUACGAGUCGUCUGGUCGAUCUCUUGCACCAGGGAGCUGUGAUGAAACGUCCUCUUCAGCCGUACGAGGCACACGUGCAAUACAUCCCGCAAUGGAUGUGCGAUUACAAUUUGUACGGAUGUGCUAUUAUGAGCUGUAGUAAAGUCAGAUUUCGGGCACCAGUACCUGAGUAUCUCGAACUCGGCAAUCUAGCCCAUCGUUGGCACGACCGUUCAAUUCAAUCAACGAGCAUCAUGGAACACCCAGCGCUACAGAAGCAAAGCAACUGCGCACUGGAGGUUGAUAUCUGUGUUCAAGAUAUUUUGAACCGUCUCGAUGUCAAGGAACGGCCUUUGCACCAUGAUUUCACCGAGCUUUUAAAACCAGUCGCGGUUAACGAGCGGCUCGUUCCUAGCAUGGCUGGAUUGUGGCAGGAUGAAACUCGCAGACGUAAGAAGAGAAUGGGUAUAAAUGAUCCCGGAAGCACUCCGUUUGGGCCUGAUGAGUUAGUUUCGAUGUCGGUCGAUCAAAGAAACCACUCGAGAGGCGGUUGGAUACACGAGGAAGAAUUCCGUGAGAUGGCUUCUCAGCUUGCCGCAAAUGAGAGACAAGAGGACAACGACAAAGAUGCGACGCUUGGAACGUUCUUGGGUACAGACGAUCAAGCCAAAAAUAUCAAGACUGCAUUGGACAGUGUCGAGGACUUCUUUCCUAACAAGAUCGGUUCUCUGAAAUUCGAUAGUCCUUCUCAGGGCCCUGCCCAACAAAAAGCACCAGAAAUCUCAGUUGAUGAGGGUCUUGCUUUGUCAUCUCAACUUGAUGGACAUUACUACUCUGAUUCCGACCAAGGAGAGGGAGCUUUGGGCGAGAGAAUCGAACAGAAACCCGAAAGGAUCAAUGAUCCGGUAAGCGAUAGCUUCUACGAUGAGAUAUUCGACGAACUGCCCCUUUCAGAUAUAGUUGCGCCUACUCAGACCAACAGUGCAAAAGCAACCAUCGAUGGUAUUUGCAACCAAGGGCCUCAUCCAGGCCAAGAAAAUGCCGCUCAAGACAAAAGGCCUGGAGAUCAUAGUGAAAGCAGAAGCAUGGUCUCUAAACGACAACAUUUUGAUACUUUGGAGUACCAGCAUCCACCUACAAAAAGAGCUCGCCAUUUGGGCAAUGAGAGCUUGUCUAACAAGCGAUUUGACUCACUCAGCAUGCAGAAGAAGAAGCAAGAUGAUAAACGAAAAGGUGUCUCGUUUGAGAGCAAAUUGGAUUCGAAUGCGGAACUCCUGUCAUCAGAACCAAUGUCAUCUUCCUCGCAGAGGACCGUCCGUCCAAAGGCGCAUAGUUACACCAGCGGACUGAAAUUUCCCGUCGUCAAAGACCCCAAUGAUCCUCUGACCAUCAUGCGAUUUAGCCAAGAUGAAAACCCUUCCACGGCAAAAGAAUCCGAGUUUUCUCAAUCCUUUCCAAGUUCUUUCCCUUCUGGAUCUGGAUCUGCCGACAAGGCCAGUGAAAUACAGAGUUUGUCAGAGCUCCGUUCUUCAGCAACUAUGGUGGGAGCUAUCUCCCUCGAUCCACAUCUCGCCGAGACUAUGAAAAAUAUCCACCAGGCAUUCGAUUUUACACCCAACAAGUCAUUGUAUUGCUUGAGAUUUGCCAGCCCGACUUCUAACGAAGUCCAAUCAUCAUUAAAUGGCCUUGGACGCCCUUCGGUUGUGUAUCAGAAAGCGUUCUACAGUGACGAAGCAGAUGCACCUGAACGACCACGAGAAUAUGGCGGCAGAGAGUUCCGACUAGAAAGCAAUACCAUCCACUUUCUACCCGAUUUUGACCCAACAGGAGAGGCCCCUGCAAUUUUUGGCGAGCAGAUGCCUAUAACAUAUGACAGAGAUCAGCAAGAGAAAACUGACCAGCAACUCCGAGAAAAGUGUACCGCUAGAAUCUGGGAAUAUGCACCUGUCCCGCCAAGCCGCUCAGAAGUUAUACAGUGGUUCGAAAACCUGGAGGCUUCGCCAAGUUCUGAUCAAAAAGAAAAAGUCCAAACUACGCGUGCUCAAAUGGAAUCGGCCUUGCUCUCACAGAUCGAGGGCCCAACACAGAAGAACGAACAUGGGUUCAAAUACUCACAGAAGGGAGUGUCUACUAGCGUGGAACACCAAGCUCAGUACAUGAGCACGAUGAGCUUAGAAAUCCACGUGAACACGCGUGGGAAUCUCACAGCCAACCCGGAAGAAGACGAGAUCACUACCAUGUUCUGGUGCGUUCAAUCUGAAGAUGAGGAGUUGGAGGUCAAUAGUCAUCUUCCUGGGGUUCAUGUUGGGAUGGUUUACCAUGGUGAAGGCGAGAGGCCGGAGGCCAAAAUCACCAAAGCAUUGACAAUUGACGUUGAGUGGGAGCCUACCGAGCUAGACCUGAUUAAUCGACUAGUCGAUCUUGUCAGGUAUCAUGAUCCGGAUAUCAUCACAGGCUACGAGGUUCACAAUGCUUCCUGGGGAUAUGUGAUCGAGCGAGCCCGCAAGAAGUACGAUUUUGACAUCUGCGAGGAACUUUCGAGGACCAAAUCUCAGUCCCACGGACGAUUUGGAAAAGAUGCAGACCGGUGGGGAUUUGACCACUCAUCCUCUAUCCGCAUAACCGGGCGACACAUGUUCAAUAUCUGGCGCGCUAUGAAAGGCGAGCUGAACCUUCUGCAAUACACCAUUGAGAAUGUCGUAUUCCAUGUUUUGCAUCGUCGAAUCCCUCACUAUCCUCCCCGCGUCUUGACGCAGUGGCACCAAAGUGGCAAGCCUCGAAAUAUACACAAAGUCGUGGAAUAUUUCACCUCCCGUGUGCAAUUAAACCUGGAGAUUCUCGAGGCCAAUGAAUUGACAUCAAGAACAAGCGAGCAGGCGAGAUUGCUGGGCAUUGAUUUUGCCUCAGUAAUCUCCCGAGGAUCCCAGUUCAAAGUUGAGUCCUUGAUGUUCCGAAUCGCCAAACCUGAGAACUUUCUGCUCGUGUCACCGAGUAGAAAGCAGGUUGGGCAGCAAAAUGCGCUGGAGUGCUUGCCCCUAGUGAUGGAACCGCAAAGUGACUUCUAUACUAGCCCACUUUUGGUGCUUGAUUUCCAGUCACUGUACCCGAGUGUCAUGAUCGCGUACAACUAUUGUUACUCGACAUUCCUGGGCAGAGCGAUGCACUGGCGCGGACGAGACAAGAUGGGAUUCUUGGAUUACAAACGACAGCCCAGGCUACUCGAGUUACUAAAGGACAAAAUAAAUAUUGCGCCAAACGGUAUGAUGUAUGUGAAGCAGGAGGCGCGGCAAUCGUUGCUGGCCAAAAUGCUUUCUGAGAUUCUGGAAACCCGUGUAAUGGUCAAAAAUGGCAUGAAGGCCGAUAAAGAUGACAAGGUUUUGCAACGGCUUCUGAAUAACAGACAACUCGCUCUCAAGCUGAUUGCAAACGUCACAUAUGGCUACACUUCUGCCUCAUUUUCUGGCCGAAUGCCCUGCUCAGAGAUCGCCGACAGCAUCGUUCAAACGGGGCGAGAAACACUCGAAAAGGCCAUUGCCUUUAUCCAUUCAAUCGAACGCUGGGGCGCCGAAGUUGUCUACGGCGACACCGACAGCCUCUUCGUCUAUCUAAAAGGCAGAACCCGAGACCAAGCCUUUGACAUCGGCGAAGAAAUCGCCCAAGCGGUAACAGACAUGAACCCGCGGCCGAUCAAACUAAAGUUCGAAAAGGUUUACCAUCCCUGCAUCCUACUCGCAAAGAAACGCUAUGUGGGCUUCAAAUACGAGCACCGGACCCAAAAAGAGCCCGAAUUCGACGCAAAGGGCAUCGAAACCGUGCGACGCGACGGUACACCCGCCGAACAAAAAAUCGAAGAAAAAGCCCUAAAAACCCUCUUCCGCACCGCCGACCUAAGCCAAGUCAAGUCCUAUUUCCAGCGCCAAUGUGCAAAAAUCAUGCAAGGCCGCGUCUCCAUCCAAGACUUCUGUUUCGCGCGCGAAGUCCGUCUAGGUACAUACUCCGAGCGCGGCCAACUACCCGCUGGAGCAAUGAUCAGCACAAAGCGCAUGGUCGAGGAUCCACGCUCUGAGCCACAAACCGGGGAGCGCGUGCCUUACGUCGUUGUGACCGGCGCGCCAGGUUCGCGACUCAUCGACCGCUGCGUCGCGCCACAAACGCUCCUUCAUGACGCACAGCUCGAACUCGAUGCUGAGUACUAUAUCACGAAGAAUAUCAUACCCCCGCUAGAGCGGAUCUUCAAUCUGGUUGGUGCGAAUGUCCGCCAGUGGUACGACGAGAUGCCGAAGGUGCAGCGUAUCCGGCGGGUUGAUGGUUCGGCGCUGGCGCGGCCGAAUUCUCGCUCUGCAUUUGCGGCGCCUGCUAGGAAAACUCUUGAAUCAUAUAUGCGCUCCUCGUCGUGUGUUAUCUGUCGGUCUAAAUUGUCGGAUACGGCUGUGCCUGUGUGUGGCACUUGUCUGCAGCAGCCGCAUCUUGCUAUGCUUGAUGUUGUAUCGCGGCUGCAGCGGGCGGAGAAGAGAGUUGUUGAUUUGGAAGCUAUUUGUCGCUCUUGUAUGGGUGUUUCUCCUGGGGACGAGGUGAGUUGUGAUAGCAUGGAUUGCCCUGUUUUUUACUCCAGAACAAGAGAUGCUGCACACUGGAGUCAUUCGAAGGCUGUGUUGGAGCCUGUUGUCGAUUUGUUGGAGCGGAAGGGAGAUGAGGGCUUAGAUUGGUAG